AUGCAGGCUACUGAAGCUGAAGCGACAAGAACACAGCUUGGUGCACCGGAUGCGGGGCGAAAGUGGAGCCAAGGCUGCAACCUCGACCUGCGUGUACAUGCAGGAGGGAGAGUGGGCCCUCGUUGUCCCAGUCUCCGAGGCCACGGCUCCGUCUGCUCACGAGCCAUGACGGUCGACAGGGCUUCAACCGCCACUACACACCUCUGGCCCCACCUCCUUCCCCGCCAGCCCCGGCAGCCGAUAGAGGUGUCACUGAUCGCUUGCUUACAUGUACACUGCAACAAUAGGGCUGGUGAAGCAGUCUUGUUGUCUGAGCAGGCAGUCCUCUCUUGCCGACGCAUAGAACAGCCCUCCUCUUUGAGACUGGGAAUUGUGGGGCAUCUGUCUGGAGGCCAGAGUAUCCGACCUGCGUUGGUAUGA